AUGAAAGCAGCUGCGGUUCUUGUGGAGCUUUUGAACCUGGAGGCGAUCCAAGACAACCUUAGUGGGGACCUCAUUUCUUCACUUUUAUCCUUUAAAACCUUCGACCAACAGCGAGAGCUCAAAGAGUGAUGUUAUGAAGUCAGCGCCUCACUCAUAAUGACAGCUGAAGUUAAACUCUUCUGAUGAAACAGCCUCAUUGAUGGAGAAGGACCGCAGACACUCGGCUGACUGUCGUACUGACUCUGAUUCACGUUCAGACCCAAGAGGAGCUACAGGAAGGAUGCUCGUCAAAACUAUAAGAUAUUAUCUAUAUUCAGUGCUGGUAAACAUCCUCGUACCCGUGCUGGUUAUCCGUUUUAGGCGAUGUGGAGUUGAAGACUUGAAACAACUGUAUCACCAGUUUUUGGACCAACCUGAGCUCCACCUGAGCUCCUGAACGUUCCUCUGGAUCACCGCUGUCGAUGUGGACCUGCUCGCUUUCCAGCUGUUGCAUCAGUCUCUCUCCUCUCUGUCCAACCCUCUCUCUCUCUCUAAACCCCAUUCAGUCUCAGCAGAUGACGGUCUAACAUCAGUCUGGUCCUCCUCGAGGUUUCUGCCUGUUAGAGAAGUUCUUCCUCUCUACUGUAUCUCUCUUCAUGCUGUGAAGUGUUAAUCUGAUCUCGUCUUUUAAUUUCCUUGAGGGAAAUUAACUAAAGGAUAAAUAAGAUUGCAACUAAUCUAAUUUAAUCUGAUCUAAUCUAGUCAAGUGUAGUCUAGUGUGGUCUAAUCUAGUCUAGUCUAAUUGACUGUAAUCUAAUCUGAUUUGACCUACUCUACUUAAUCUAAUCUAUCUAAUGUACUUAAUCUAAUCUAAUCUAAUCUAAUCUAAUCUAUCUACUCUACUCUAACCUAAUCUACUCUGAUUUGAUCUGCUCUAUUUCAAUCUAAUCUAAUCUAAACUAAUCUAAUCUAAUUAAGUUUUUGUAAAAAGAGUCUAGACCAGCCUUCUUUUGUUAAAUCUCCCAGGAUUACACUUGCUGUGAACUGAUGCGGCAUAAAUAAAAAAUAAUUGAUACCCUCACAGGUAAUCUCUAUUAUUGGUCGGUUCUCUGGAUUAUCCAUUUCUUAUGCAGAUUUAAGGCCCAAAACUUUAGUUAAAGGUUAAAUGUUAAAUACUGUGUCUGUAGCCAUCAACCACAGGUCCUCCUGCAGCUCUGCUCAGUGUCUGCUGCCAUCAUGUUAUCCUGCUCCACUACCUGGAUGUAAACAAGCACAGAUGAAUGAUGACAUCCUCUAACGCAGUGUGACCCAGAGAGCAGAGAUGAAGCUGUUUGUGUUUGAAUAAACUGACACAGAAGCAUUAAAGCAGAGUCACGCACAUGUGGGAGAGGAGAUGGUGGUGGGAGGCAGGAGGUGGUGCUAGCUCUGCUAGCGUUAGCCACAGUUGUUUCAAACCUCCAGUUUGAGUUUCUGAGAGAUCAGUAAUUUCAUGAUAUCCCUGCAGCAUCAGAAAGACACUCAAACGAUCUUCAGAGGCUUCUCUGAAUAAACGUAAUCAGCGAAAUCUGCCACAUGGUGCAAACUUCACAGAGAGCAUAUGUCAUAUAUGAAACUGACUCAGCACAGUCAGAGUAUUUAAGGACAAGUUAACUUAUGGAAAUGUUUGAAAUAUCCCACAUGACAUCAAACAGAUGGACUGGAUGUAUUUAGUUUCCAACACUCCUGUGGUGUAAGAUUGCUGAUCGACACAAGCUGUUAUCCUGGAAACACUGGCUAUGCAGCUCUGCAAUUAGAUGCAUCUGUGCUCUGCAGAGGGAGCGGCAGCGUACAGCGUGGCUAAGCGCCAGGAGGGAGUCUGGAUUGUUGCAGUGGUACUGAUGGCUGUGUUUGUGUUUUCCCCAGAGGCCUCGCAGAGCGUGGACCCAUGGGAGCUGAAGCAGCGAGCCAGUGGAGGACCGCAACAUCCGCAAACACCGACAAGAGAGAAGACGGAGAAACCUGGAGGGACGAGAGCAGAGGUGUUUGAACCGAGUCUGACGCUGACGUGGAAGAACAACCUCAGCUCGAAAAAUCUGCUUUCAUACGAGGAAACCAAAAACAAAGUGUCUGAUCCAAACAGAGCGACCCGAACAGACCUCCUUCAGGGUACGAGACAAAGACAAAGAGGAGUCCGACUUUUUUCAUUGCCUGCUCAGUUGGAGGUCCGUCUCCGCUUUAGUUGCUUGUUUGUACCGAUUUAAAGUUGUGCAGGAAAGCUGAAUUGCUGAAAAAGGAGAAUAUUACACUUCCACUGGAGCUGGAGCCCGCACACUGACGACUACAUCCAUGUCAUGUCUGUACACAGGCGGCUCAUAACUGUCAGUUUACUCAGAGUAGUCUGACAGCCAGUAGAGCUGUGUGAUUUCUAUAAUGUCUCAUAUGUUCUCUUACAUUUCUCACCUACGGCUGCAGAGCAAACACCACUGACAUUUCAUGGUGAAGUACUUACUAAUAGGCCUGAUCUAUAUUAUUAUUUAUAGAUUUGAUCAGAAAAACACAGUGAUUCGACUUUGAUGUGACCUACGGCUCGAAACUAUAAUCACAGCGACAUUAUUGCCUCGUAUGGUGCCAGAUAUUCUAAUCCAGACCCUGUGACAGUGAAAACCAGACUAAGCUAUCACAGUGAAAUACAUGCACCAAUGAAGUGAUACUGAUGUUGAUUUGGAGCCUUUCAAAAUAAAAGCAUACAUACAGUGAGUAUGUUUUUACAUCAGAAAUUGAUUCGAAGCCUUCCAAAUUAAAAGUGAUUAAUUCAGGUGCGGUUUUUUUCCUCUCAUUAACUUAUUUUAUUUCUUCAAUUUUUAUUUUAUGUAUUUAAUGUUAAUCUGAUUUUUUUUGUGAAUUCAUGUGUUCAACAAAGAGAAAAUACAAAACAGGACGAUCACUUUAAACAAACUAGAGAACGUGAGAAAAAAACGUCACCUCAGGUCCUCUCAGUGGAGGUCUGCACCAGACCAUAAACCGUAUAUAGAAUGGACGCCGUCUGCCUCCUCGCUGGGCGAAGCCUCCGAGAACAGCACCCUCUGGUGACGGGCUGCAGUAUAGGUCAUAAAUCCGGCCUCCUCCAGCAAUCCCUAUGGAGCUGUGGACAAACAUUAUAAAUUACUGACACAGAAUAUAAAUGUUUCUCCCCCCUGUCGUGAUGUUGACAUGAAGCUACUGUCAGACUGGUUUGUUAGGGGGUUCAUGUUUUCUAUGAUUGACACUUGAUACAGCCUAUGGGUGAACAAAGAUUGCAUAACUCACCCAAGGGAUACGCUUUUCGAGUCGAGCGUCAUCACAGCGACUCUCCCGCCGAAUAUGUACAACGCUACUGCGCAAUGUUGGUUUCAGGAAAUGGAGAAAAAAAACACAGAAUUACCGAAAGCUUCUUGGGUUAAAAUCUAUAUACUGGUGGAAGGUGGAACCAAAUCAUCCACAGUAUAUACAGUCUGUGUACACGACCCCUCUCAGAAACCCGGUGCAGGAAUUCCUUUAAAAGUCACAACGUUAAACACGACAGCGUUGAUGCUAAGAAGGAUGUAUGGUUUCACUACAGUGUCAACAAGCAGCAGUUAAUUCGCUCGAAAUGUAUCUCUUAGAUUGACUGGAUUUGAUGUCUCAUCUGUGCAGAUUUGACCAAUCAGAAUCAGGUAUUUCACACAGUCAGGUGAUGCGUUUUUAAAUAUCAUAUCAUCAUUAUUGGGGUAUUUGUCAGUGUUAAACACCCCUAAUGGUCAGAAUAACAUCGUCCUGUUAAUGACAAAGCUUUAAAGACCAUAAUAAGUCUGUUCUCUGUAACCCUGACUCUAAGUGAAACCUGUUUAAAGAGAAUAACUCUCACUCCGGAGGAGCAGAUCAAACCUCCCAGCUCUGAACAUGACGGCGAGGCAGGAGGUCGUGAGGUUGAGGAGAUAAAGAGACUUAGCUGAGGUCCAAAUAAGGUAACAUCCAGAAUCCCCUCUGCUGUUAAAAUAAGGUUAAAUCACCGUUAGCUGUUUGUUGUUGUUGUACGAGAGGCCAAGCAGAGCUAACGCGGGUUAAUUCCUGCUCUGUUUGAUCAAAGUCAGUGUGAUACAGAGAAGUAUCCUGUAUGGCUGUACGCCAGGAAAGAGCUCGGCUGUUCAAAUACAGAAAUCCUAUAGGACCAGCUCAGAACAACAGCUGCUGCCUCGCUGAGGCUUCAGAGCUUCACUUUAAUCACUUGAUUUGUUCUGCAUUACUCAAUUUUCUGUCUCUCUCAAUCCUGUUCACUUCACUGUCUUUACUCCUGUUUGUCAGUUUCUCUGUAAUUUAGCUUUAGAUGGAGCUACACCUCUGCAGUUUCACUUCAGCCUGAUGCUGAUAUUCAGUAAUUGUUGGUGAAUCACUCCAAAAACCUGCAGCUUUAAAAAAGUGUCUAUGAGAAUUUGGAGUUUCCUCAUUAAUCGCACUAAUCAAUCUGUUGUCAGCUCGCCUCUCAGACGUCCGUCUGUUCGUUCAGUGUGAUGCAGACCGUCAGAUUUGUUCACAUGAUGAUAAAGAAGUCGAGCCUCUGAGCUUUGAAAGCUGCAGCUUCACACAGAAACGUCACAUUUGGUUAAAUAUUGUUUCCUGAUCAAACUGAGACGACGUUUGAGACUUUAACGGCUGUUUUAAAACGCUGUUUCUCCUCUGUGCCGUCUAUUGUUACCUCCUGUAUUCCUAUCUUUGUCCAACUCUGUCCUGGAAUAUCAUGACAUUUUAUUCUUCUCACCUAAAAUACUAUUCCUCUAAAUAUAACACUUUAAGUCAUGUUCAUGUCCUUCUGUUCACAGUGUCACAGGUUUCCGAGUGGCGAGGGCUGCAUCACGGAAAGGUCAAGCCGAGCGAGGAUAGCAUGAAUUUAGCUAACUGGACAGCGUUGUUUUCUCGUCUCGUGUCUCUCUGGGCUGUUUUCUUCUUUUGACAGAAAUUCAAUCCUGCAUCUUUACUGUCCAUUUUAAGAAAAAAACGUCUCUAUUGUCUUCCUCGUCUUGCACUCUCCCCACAGCUGCUGCUCUCCUCUCCUCUUUCUUUUUGUCUCAGCAGAUUCUUUUUAAACAGAAGUCGAGUUUUUUCCACAUUAAUCACUUUUCACAGCAGAUCCUGGGAUCAGCAUGUGGAGGAGGAUUAUAAUUAAUGAUGAGGCGUUUUAUAAACGAUCAAAAGAGCUUUUAAUUAACUUAAAAACAGAAACAGGACAGUAGAUUUACAUCAAGAGGGACAGGAGGGUUUGGUGUACACAACAUCGUGACAGUCAAAGGGGAACACGCUUUACACCAGCUGUCAUUGUUCUUAAGGUCAUUACACACUCAAUCCAUCCAACCAACAAACCAUCCAACCAACAAUCCAUCAAACUAAUAAACCAACAAUUCAUCCAACCAAAAGACAACCUAUCCAACCAACCCAUUGUCACUCCAACCCAACAACAAGCAAUCUCUCCAUCUAAUCAACGAGCUAACAAACUGACAAACCAACCAACUGACCAGUGAAUCAGCGAAAUAUUCAGUUUACAUCUUUUCAUAUACACACCUGGUGCCAAGGGAGAACAGAGGGGGUUUAUUGGUUUUUAAAGCUCUUAAUCUUAUUUAUCUGAUCUGCUUUUACCUUCUGAGUCAGGUCGAGUCCUCAGGUCUUCAGGAAGUUCUCUAUUAACAUUUCCUAAAGUUAAAACCAAGAUGUACGGUGAGACAUCUUUUUAUUACUACAGCCCCCGUCUAUGAAACAGCUGAAGACCUGAGGACUGAAAAUUAUCUUAAUGACUUUAAAACCAAACUCAAAAUGUACCUUUUAGUCUUGCUGUUAACUCAAUUUUUAUCAUUAACUUCUAGUGUUUUAUCAUUUAUCUCUUUCCAGUUUUAAUGACAGGAGCGUCUUUAUUGAGCUAUUUUGUUGCUCUUACUUUAGUAUCUUUACCUUUGUUUUUAUCCUAUUUUAUUUAUUCAAUUUCAUCCUAAACCUUCAGUGUCUCCUUAUCUUGAAUUUUAAAACGGCAUUUCCUCAGUGCACACUCAACUGUUUAAGUUCAUGCAUUUGAAUCCAUGUGUCUGUUGUUCUUAGAUCCCGGGUGUGAAUGAGGGGUUGGAUUGGGGUAGAUUAGGAUUUUCUUUGUUUCUUUUAUUCCUCUGCUGUGUAAAGCACUUUAAGCUACAUCGUUUUUGUAUGAAAAGUGCUUUAUAAAUACAGACUGAUUGAUUGAUUUAUUUUGUUCUGCACCGUCCAUUCUUACCCCACGACCGAAAAUUCGGUGUCACCCCUAGUUGUAGAUUUCCUCAAAUACAAAAGCGUCAUGUGUCGACACGGUUACAGGUCUCUGGGGUAUCUGUCAGCUACCUUUCAGUAAAACACACAUACACACACCCCAACACACAACAGGCACUACAAAACCUAUUAAGACUUUACAUGAAGAGGGAGCUGAAAACAGCCGAGCAAGCGUCUUUGGAGUCAGUCUGCUGAACAUGUUUUACAAGACAGGCAGUAAAAUAAAGCCGCACAGUGUCUGAAUUAGCUUGUACUCUGUCCCCCUGGGCGCUGUGGAGGAAUUACACUCACAUUAGAGUACUUUGUCUGCUGGACAUUGCUGAUCUUCUUCACUGUAGCCCUUUCAAGCUGUUUUCCAACAAUUAGGUGUUGAAAUCAGGCGACUCUGGAGGCACAGGUACCUGAUUUCAUUAAAAAUGGAUGGAGCGGCGCUUGUUCUGUUCACUCAGAGCUGUUUUUCUUUUCAGAGUUCAGACUCGGUUCCCUUUUCUCUGGAAAAACUUACUGUGCCUGAAUCAAUAUUUACUUAAACAGACGGAGCAAUAAGGCUGAGGAAGUUGUGGAAGUUAUUUUGUGAACAGUUUUCUGUUUCGGUCAGAGGUGCUUCACUCGACCUUUCGAGUUUACUUCCACGGUGUUGUAGUCUGUGUAUGUUCAAGUCAAUGUGCUUCUCCUCUUAUUGACUCCUGCGGCCGUGCUGCACAAAGACAGAGAGAUGAGGAGCACAAAGAGCCCGAGGUGAGACCAGAGUUUAAGAUCAACACUUUUCCAUGAACCUGACGACUCUCUCUGUCCAAGGAUUUUAUGUGAAGAUGGCAAGAAAAUAUCUGAAAAGCCCUCAAUGAAAAUAACCUGGACUGUGUAUUAAAGGUUCAGGUUUCCCUGCUGAUGUCCGGACUUUAUUGACUCUAUUGAUAUAAACUGAACACAGAACCUCUGAACCGAGAGCGUCAUUAUUACAUGAGGUUUAAAUGAAAAAACUCACCAUGAAGCAUUCACAUGAAUGUUUUUGGAUCUUCAACAUGACGAUCGACACACAGCAGCGGUCAAAAAAUAAUUUACUUUUUUCAAACAAUUUCAGACAAACUUCUGUAAAAACAGGAAGACUUAUUUAAAGAGGCUGACGCAGACUACAUUCAGGGCCUCCAGGAAACUGACAAUUAACCAACCAACAAUUCAUCCAACCAUCCAACUAAUACACCAUCCAUCCAUCCAACCAUCCAUCCAACCACCAACCAACCAACCAACCAACCAACAAACCAACCCACCAACCCACCAACCCACUGUCCCUCCAACCCAACAACAAGCAAUCUUUCCAGCUAAUUAACUAUCUAACCAACAAACAAACCAACCAACUAAUCAACUCAUUAUCCAACCAACCCAUUAUCCACCCAACGAAACAACAAUCCAUCCACCAAAUCAACUACCCAACCAACCAGCCAUCCAACUAACAAAUCAACUAAAAAUCAAUUGAAUCAACAAGCUGAUCAACCAACUACUACUACAUCUAUCUAAUCAAACUACAAACCAAUCGGCAAUCCAUCCAUCCAUCCAUCGACCAACCAACCAACCAACCAACCAACCAACCAACCAACCAACCAACCAACCAACCAACCAACCAACCAACCAACCAACCAACAAUCCAUUCAAAGAUCAAACCAACUAUUGACAAACCAAAUAAACUAACCAACCAACCAGCCAUCCAACUAACAAAUCAACUAAGUAACCAAAAAGCCAACCGACCAACCUACCAACCAAUAAUUCAUUCAUCUAAUUAGAAAACCAACCAACCAUCAGUCCAAUCCAUCCAUCCAUUGAUCAACCAACCAACCAACCAACCAAAAAAUCAAUUAUAAUAUCAUAAUCUUAAUUAUUUUGAUUGGCAUUAGCAUCAUGACCACUGAAUAUUAUUACCUGUGAUUUUUAAUCUGCAUCACAUGGAAUUACUCGACUUCAAACCUCUUUAACACCUUUGACUUUACUACAGCAGGUGAGUCUGGGUGUUUUAUUAACAGUUAAUACUGACAGGAACCAUUUCUUUACUUUAGGUCCUCAUCUAGGAGGUAGGUCUCUGGAUUUCAUGAAUCAAUGUCUUAUAAUUAAAAUAAUAAAAAAAAAAGAUGUGAAUCAGAAAAUUGAUUUUUUAACUCUGAAUAAAGAAUGUAAAAUAAAGUUCAGCACACAUGACAAAUGAUGCAUAUCCCUCAUUGAAUUUUUCCCCACAGACCCCCAACCCCUUCCUUGUCAUCACUAAUGUGCACCAGAGGAGGCCCGUCAUCAGCGGCAGCAGAGAAUCUGCAGAUUAA